UUACCCAGCUGCUUUGCGUCCUCCCCGGGGGCGUCCGUGCGGGAGCUGAGCAAGCAUGGGGAAGGUGAAUGUGGCCAAGCUGCGGUACAUGAGCCGCGAUGACUUCAGGGUCCUGACCGCGGUUGAAAUGGGUAUGAAGAACCAUGAAAUUGUUCCCUGCAGUUUGAUUGCUUCUAUAGCCAGCCUGAAACAUGGUGGCUGUAAUAAAGUUUUAAGAGAAUUGGUGAAGCAUAAACUUAUAGCUUGGGAACGUACUAAAACUGUCCAGGGCUAUCGGUUGACAAAUGCUGGGUAUGAUUACUUAGCUUUGAAAACACUGUCUUCUAGACAGGUAAUUGAGUCUGUUGGAAACCAGAUGGGUGUUGGCAAAGAGUCAGAUAUUUACAUUGUUGCAAAUGAAGAAGGGCAGCAGUUUGCACUGAAGCUUCACAGACUUGGAAGAACCUCCUUUCGAAAUCUGAAAAACAAGCGUGAUUACCAUAAGCACAGGCAUAAUGUAUCUUGGCUUUAUUUAUCUCGUCUCUCUGCCAUGAAGGAAUUUGCCUAUAUGAAGGCAUUAUAUGAGAGGAAAUUUCCAGUUCCAAAGCCGGUUGAUUACAAUCGCCAUGCAGUGAUUAUGGAGCUUAUCAAUGGUUAUCCCCUGUGUCAGAUACAUCAUGUUGAAGACCCUGCAUCUGUGUAUGAUGAAGCUAUGGAACUAAUAGUCAAGCUGGGAAAUCAUGGACUGAUUCAUGGAGAUUUCAAUGAAUUCAAUCUCAUGUUGGAUAAAGAUGACCACAUCACCAUGAUUGAUUUUCCACAGAUGGUUUCCACUUCCCACCCGAAUGCUGAAUGGUAUUUUGACAGAGAUGUUAAAUGCAUUAGAGAGUUCUUCAUGAAACGUUUUGGCUAUGAAAGUGAGCUCUACCCAACCUUUAGUGACAUCAGGAGGGAGGAUUCUCUUGAUGUUGAGGUCUCUGCCAGUGGUUACACAAAGGAAAUGCAAGCAGAUGAUGAACUGCUACAUCCUGUAGGUCCAGAUGAUAAAGUUACUGAAACAGAAGAGGAAUCUGACUUCUCCUCUUCUGAUGAGGAGAUGUUCGAAAAAGCCAAAGUCUGGAGGUCAGAAAUGGAGAAUGAACAGAACCCAGUAGAUGAAUCAGAUGGUUCCUGUUGUGUAUCUGCAGACAACAACCAAGUAAAGGAAGUCUGUUUACCAGAGGAGAGUGCUGAUGUGCCCAGUUUUGAAAUGACUGACUUAAAUGAAGCCUUAGACGAAAUGAAAAGGCAGGUUCUUACACAUAGGUCUGUCACUGGGUUUUCUGAGGAGAGCAAUGGAACUGAAAGUGAUAUCAGACAUGAUGGCCAGUCAGGUCAGUGGAGAAGCCCUACCGACUGUGAAGAGUGUGAGGAUGAAUGCCCCCACCUGAUUGCCUUGUCGUCAUUGAACAAGGAGUUCAGGCCUUUCAGAGAUGAAGACAGUAUGAGGAGUGUUACUCAGCACAGAACAAGAACCUUGAGUAUUGCAUCUACAGGCAGUAUCCUAAGCUGUUCAACAAUUCCUCCAGAACUUGUGAAGCAGAAGGUGAAACGUCAGCUGACAAGGCAGCAGAGGUCAGCUGCCAGACGCCGGCUGCAGAAAGGAGAAGCCAACGUGUUUACCAAGCAGCGGAGGGAAAACAUGCAGAAUAUUAAAUCGAGUUUGGAAGCAGCCAGCUUUUGGGGAGAUUAAUAUGUUUCUGAAUUUUUUUUUUUUUUUUUUUUUUAAACACUGUAAUUCUACUUUGAGCCAGGAUGUUGCUCCUUUUUGGAUCAAAGUCAGUAUUUAUAGAAAUAAAUCCCUCUUAGACUAUAAAUUUGACUCAUGAGUAAUUAAUAGUAAUUCCGCUAAGCAUUCUGGUUUUUUUUUGUUUUUUUUUUUUAAGUUCUUCAGAUAACUAAAGUCUAAAAUAACAUGGGUUUGAAAGUUUGAAUAAAAAAACUUUAUUAGCAAUAUCUGCAAACUGUUGGAAUCAUUUCUAUUUUAUGGCUUCAGGUCCUGGCUAUACGUGUAAUUAAUAGACCAAGCUGUAGUACUGUCUUCCUCUCUUCAGUUGAUCAUGUUGGGUUUUGCUGUAUCAGUGCAUUGGUUUUAGAAUUCUGUGAGACAGCACACACUUGGCCACUGGAGUGAACUGAGUGCCUUCUGUUUAGUCAGGGUAAGUCAGCAGUGGGUGAUUAGUCAGACUUCAGCCUGUUUGAUGCUGUCUCCAUUGCCUGUGUGUGGUCAUAGGUUAGGAAACUUGACGUGGUCCUACCAGGAUUUUUAUAUUUGGCAGCCCUUCCCCAGGUUUGAGCAGAGAGUAAGAGGGAAUGAAGACUGAAAGGUUCUUUCCCAUUUCCUUGUAUGCAUGGCUCCAGAAUGUGUUCCUACCUCAGUAUUAACAAGUGUUUAAUACAGGAAAGAAAAUAACAAACAUUCCUCAGGCGUGUUCUAAUUCAGUGAUAGUGACUGACAUCCCUGAGCAGACCUAUAGGAGAUGCUCUUCGCAAGAAAUGACCACCAGAUGGCAGUGUCUGCCAACAAUGGCCGACAGGACGGCUGGUCUGAGAAACAAAAAUACUGCUUUUCUGUAAAAACAUAGAUUCUCUUUUGCUUAAGUGAAAUUAACUCUUUUGGCCAUUCACAGCUGGUCCUUAUCUAAAUUCAUUUAACUAUGUGGCUGUAAGAAUAUAUCAGGUACACUUUCUUUGAAAAUUAUACUGACUGGGAAUGUGGCAGCCCUGCUUCAGUUGUUUCUUUAAGCUGAGGUACUUAUUUUUAUAUUCUGCCAAAGGUAUUUUUGUAACAUAAUGUUGAAGACAGUUUACUAAGACCACAGAAUGUUUAUUUUGUAAUACAUUUUCUUAUAUCCAAAGUGUUGAAAGCAAAUUGGGAAUAAAAGUGUAUGACUUCA